AUGCUACCAGUGAGAGCGGGGGUGGCGACGGUGGCGUGCGCUGCCUCUUCCAUCACCUCACAAAACAAAUUGUCGAAGGAGCUGCAGACGCUCUCAGUUAAGCCUAGGGCGGGUGGUGGUGGUAACAGUAGCAAUAGCAGGACCGGCAACGCGAGUGGGAACCCCCCUACUAAGCACGUGGUGGGACACCAUGCAGCCCGCGGGACAGAUCGGACAGUAGUGAACGUGUCCGCUAGGAAAGGCACCGGCGCAGCUGGAUGUCAAACCUUUGACGGCGAUGAGACAUUAAUGGAGGCGGUGCAUCGCGUGCGGGGGGUGCUGCAGAAGUACCAGGGAACACCCACAGCGGCGGCCGCCUCACAACCGUCGCACUCAGCAUCUUCCAUACCAGUCUCCGAUCAGCAAGAGGGGGAAUUUGAAAACUGCGAAGAAAUAUUGGCAGCGACCGCGGUGCUGCUUGAGAAGGACGCGAUGUUUGGACCGCGUCUUCUUUCAUUAUUGUCAGGUGAUGCCCUCCGCGCACUGCUUAUUAUUGGCACCACGCAGGAGUAUUUUGGGCAAGACGCCGUUGAAGCGCAGCUUCGGGCCGUUGACAAGGAUCAAGACGACAAUAUCUCCUCCCAGGAAUAUUAUGCGUGGGUGAACACGGCGGUGCUGGAGCGCGCAGCUAAGCGUUUUGACACACCUCCAACUGUGAUGAAGGUGCAAGACACCACCACAUCUACGUCAUCCACCGCUGCCCCCGCCACUAUUGCAACGACGAAGGCGGUGACGGUGCCUGCAGCUGGUUACAUUUCGUGGGGUUUGUGGCAUCGCAUUGCGUUGUCUGCUGCUGUGCCGUUCGUGGCAUUUGGUAUGCUUGACAACACCAUUUUAGUGACUGUUGGUGAUACUAUUGACAAGAGAUGCGCGGAGGCCUUUGGGUUGUCGACAAUGGCGGCAGCAGCGCUUGGUGGAGUCGUGUCGGGGACGGCUGGUAUUCAAAUGCAUGGCCUUGCAGAGCGCAUGUCACAGCGGCUAGGUCUGGCACGGCCGCCUACUCUCACACCCCCUCAGCGCGCCUCUACGUCAACUGGGAACGCCACAGGGGUGGGUAGCACUAUUGGCAUGAUGGUGGGCCUUCUUCUUGGCAUGACGCCGCUGCUGUUGUUGUCUUCAUCUGCCUCUUGA